AUGUCGUCUUCAAAUCUCCAUUCCCCCGAAGAGAUACGUGAAGCCGCAAUGGCGCUUGGGAAUGCACUUGCUCGUUGUGAAAAGUACGCCCUUGUUGGCGGCGGGGCGUGUGUGGUCUUGGGCUCUACGCGGUCAACUCAAGACGUCGACUUUGUAGUUCCUCGGGGGGGAACUUCAACUGCAAGGCAGCUGCUGCGGGCUUCUUCUGACUUCGAGGUUGAACCAAGAACGAACCAUACAAUAUACAAGACACAAAGUCCUGUAUGGAUCGAGAUCCUCACACCACCUCUCUUGUUCAAAGAGCCCUUUGAUCAAGGGACCGAGGUGAUCACAGUGGAAGGCAUCAAGGUCUUGAAGCCGGCCUUGCUUCUGAACGCCAAAUGCGGUUCCAUCGCUGGUCGACCCACAGAGGGAAAGAGAAGAACCGAUUUUCAGGAUAUCAAGUUUCUCCUGGAUUUCUGCGCUCGAAACCCAGAGUAUCUUCCCAAGGCCGACGAAGUUCCUAGAGCAACAAAGCAGCUGAUUCACACUCUGAUUCAGCUCUAUGGAGGCCAGGAUGCUUGGGAACGAGCUGGCUAUGAUCUCGAGACGGGACGAUUCGCCAGAAAUUAG